AUGGGUCAGUUAUUCUCUAACACAUCUAACAAUGAAGACAAUGGAGAUUUGGUGUCCAGUGCCACUAAAUAUUUUGUGAAGAUUAAGGCAGAAAACAAAAUCAUUUCUCAGGAGACCAUUCAUUUAAUAGAACUUCAUCUGAAAAAAGGAAACAUUCAAGGGGCAAACUCUGUAAUAAAUAAUGCUUUAAAAAAUAUCGAUAAUGCGCCAAUAAACAUUGCUGUGACUGGAGAGUCUGGAGCAGGGAAGUCCAGCUUCAUCAAUGCCCUGAGAGGGAUGGGACCUGAAGACCAAGAUGCAGCUGAAGUGGGGGUAAUUGAGACAACUAUGAUGAGAACUUCAUACCAACACCCCAAAAUUGAAACGUUGAUUUUAUGGGACCUGCCUGGCAUUGGAACUAUGAACUUUCCGCCAAAAGAUUAUCUGGAGAAAGUGCAAAUACAAGAGUAUGAUUUCUUUAUUAUUGUUUCUGCCUCACGUCUUACAAAACAUGAACUAGACCUUGCCAAAGCAAUCAGAUUCAUGAAAAAGAAUUACUACUUUGUACGAACCAAGGUGGACACUGAUUUAGAAAAUGAGGAGAAAUGCAAACCACGUACCUUUAACAAAGCAAAGACCCUGCAGCAGAUGAGAAGCUACUCUGAGAAUACCUUCAGUCAGAAUAACAUGGACAUUCCACAGAUUUUCUUGAUUUCGAACAGACAUUUAUCUGACUAUGAUUUUCCAGUCUUGAUGGACACUUUGAUAAAGGAUCUUCCUAAUCAAAAGCGCCACAAUUUUAUGCUUUCCUUGCCUAAUAUUACAGAGGCAGCCAUUGACAGAAAGAACAAGUCUAUGCAGCAGUAUAUUUGGUUGGAAGCCUUCAAGGCUGGAAUUUUGGCUACUGUUCCUGUAGUGGGCAUAAUCAGGGAUGAUGUGGAGAAGCUGAAGGAGAAGCUAAACCACUACCGAGUCCUCUUUGGAGUGGAUGAUGAAUCUGUGGAAUUCAUGGCUAAGGAUUCUCAAGUGCCUGUUGAACAACUGAAAAAAAUCAUCAAAUCGCCUUUUUUGUUAGAAACUAAGAAAGAAGAAACAUUAGGAGAAAUGUUGUCAAAAUAUUUGGAGAAAUUUGCCUCAGCUAAUGGUGGACUCCUUGCUACAGGUCUUUACUUUCGAAAAACCUUUUACUUAGAAUUUCUUUUCCUUGACACAGUGACUGAAGAUGCCAAAGUUCUCCUUAGAGAGACAUAUUCAAAAAUAUAG